ACAGUGAAGAAUGCUAGCUGCGGUUGCUGUCAAUUUGAGAUCAGCAGCUUCCAGAGCCUUCUCCAAGUCUCUACCAAACUCAACUUUCUCACUCUCUCCUUUGCGUUCUAGGUUCUCGAUUCGCGCCAUGGCUGAUUCUGCUGGGCCAUUCAAGAAAGUCCAAAUCCAGAGAGACGAUACUGCAUUUGAUGCAUAUAUUGUUGGCAAAGAAGAUGCUCCUGGGAUUGUUGUACUUCAAGAGUGGUGGGGUGUAGAUUUUGAGAUAAAGAACCACGCUGUCAAAAUUUCUGAACUUGCUCCUGGAUUCAAGGCACUUAUCCCUGACUUGUAUCGGGGAAAGGUUGGUUUGGAUGUUGCUGAAGCACAACAUUUGAUGGAUGGUCUUGACUGGCAAGGCGCGGUAAAGGAUAUCCAGGCUUCAGUUAAUUGGCUGAAAGCAAAUGGUUCGAAGAAGGUUGGUGUUACUGGAUUUUGCAUGGGGGGUGCUCUCUCAAUUGCAAGUUCUGUUUUGGUCCCAGAGGUCGAUGCUGUUGUUGCAUUCUAUGGAGUACCAUCAUCAGAGCUUGCUGAUCCUGCUCAAGCUAAGGCUCCUAUUCAGGCUCAUUUUGGAGAGCUUGAUAGUUUUGUUGGCUUUUCAGAUGUAACGGCUGCCAAGUCUUUGGAGGAGAAGCUGAAAGCCUCAGGAGUCCCAUAUGAGGUGCACCUGUAUCCAGGCAAUGCCCAUGCUUUCAUGAAUAGGUCUGAAGACGGUGUGAAGCGCAGAAAAGGCAUGGGAAUGCCUGAUGAGGAUGAAGCUGCAGUUCAGCUCGCUUGGUCUCGCUUCCAAUCAUGGAUGGCCCGCCAUUUGUCUGCUUGAGCACAGUAGUGUUAUCUACCCAUCAUAUGCUACUCAGUGGUUGCAAGUUAGUACACAUCCAUCAGUUGGGUGUGGGUGUUUCAUUGAGACUCGAGGCGUUUAAGUUGUGUGCUUGUAAUUACCCACUCUAUGGUUUCCCUAACACUACUAUCACAGUUACUCUAUUUAUAUCCGCUUUGUAUAAUCAAUCUAUUCUUAGAUUGAUGAUUCUAGAUAUCUUAGCUCCAAGAUGAAAUGCUUCUAGUGUGGCCCGAAGACUGUAGAGGCUCCCGGAGCCGACUGGUAUGGUUCAAAUAAAUGCAUGUAAGCAAGUUGAUGAAGAUGUGAAUUCUGGAGAAUAAGACUGUUUAACUACUGCCUUGGACUGCAAUUGCAUACCAACUAUUUAGUU